AUGCUUCGCACAGAACUCCUGUACCGGUGGUUAACGGAGACCAUCGACUUGCUCAAUGAACUCAAUAACCCGGAGAUAGUAAAGCCCCCUGCCGACAUUGUCAGCUGCUCAAUAAAGGUUCCAUAUCUUCUAGACGAGCUCUUGGCUCACGCUGCCACGCACCUCAGUGUCAUCCGCCCUGAACAGCAGGACUAUUACCGUACACACGCGGCCCACUUGCAGAAUCAUUGA